AUGAAAGGUCAUAUCGAGGCAACGCAGACAACUUAUGACGUUCCAAUAUUGGAUAACAGUGAUAUUUUCACCUAUCUCACAAAUCAGACAGAGGCAAUAAAAAGAAAUAUAAGGAAAAAACAUUCGGAAAUCUUAAGUUCGACGCCAUUGAGGAAAGAAUUAAUCAAAAAACACGAGAAAUCAAUCACAAAGGCAGCAGUAAAGUCAGUUAAGAGAAACCUCUCUAAGGAGAAUAAGCUGAAUACUGAGACUGAGAGUUAUCGCAAAAAGAUUAAACCCUCGAUUAAACCUAAUGAAGAUGAUACUUCUGAAGAAGAAAUAAUUAUGUCGUCUUCUUCAGAUGAUGGAAGUGAUGGUGAUUUCCAGUUUAAUGAAUUGGACGGCGAUCCGAAGAUACAUGAUUAUGUUUUGGUAGAAUUUAAUACCAAAGACCGAAAAAUUUACUAUGUGGGAAAAAUACUUACCGAUAUAGACGAAAACAAAGAAUACGAAAUAUCAUUUUUCAGAAAAAGUGCAAAUUUUGAGAAGCAUUUUGUUUUGCCACCUAACUUAAAUAUCUCUUUUAUCAAGAAGACGGACAUUAAAAUGAUUUUACUGCAACCCAUAUCACACGCCCUCACGGAUGAUCCCCGUUUUGUGGAACCAAUUCCAAAUGUUACAGUAGCUUUGGGAAGGGAUGCCAGUUUGCCGUGUGUAGUCGACAAUCUUGGCACGUAUAAAGUGGCAUGGAUUCACAUAGACCGCCAAAUGAUCCUCACCAUUCAUCGACAUGUUAUAAGUCGAAUACCUCGGUUUAGUGUGUCACAUGACAAUGCCAAAACCUGGCUCUUACACGUCAAUAAUGUACAUAAAGAAGACCGAGGAUAUUAUAUGUGUCAAGUAAACACAAACCCUAUGAUCAGUCAAGUGGGAUAUUUACAAGUUGUGGUGCCCCCGAACAUUAUAGAUAGUAUAAGCACGCCAUCUAGUGUAGCAGUACGAGAAAAUCAAAAUGUGAGUCUAACUUGCAAGGCAGAGGGAUUUCCCAAUCCGAAAAUAAUGUGGAGGAGAGGUGAUAGUCAGGAAAUCACUAUUGACCGUAAAAAGAAAGUGGCCGUUUACGAGGGGGAGCAUCUGAAUCUGACCCGCAUUAGCAGAACCGAGAUGGGUGUUUACCUUUGCAUCGCGACGAACGGAGUGCCGCCGUCUGUCAGCAAGAGGGUGGUCGUCGACGUUGAAUUUCCACCAAUGAUUUGGGUGCCAAAUCAACUUGUUGGAGCUCCAGCAGGUACUGAUGUAACUUUAGAUUGCCAUACUGAAGCACAUCCAAAAGCAAUUAGUUACUGGGUUCGUGAAAACGUAAUGUUGUUACCAACCAAAAAAUAUGGAUCUGAAUUGACUGAAAAUAGCUAUAUGGCACACAUGAAAUUGACUGUCCGAAACCUCCAGACGAUCGACUUCGGCAACUAUCGGUGCAUCUCGAAAAAUUCCCUCGGGGAAACCGAAGGCUCCAUCAGACUCUACGAAAUUCCAAUGCCCACAACGAUAUCUAAACCAACUGAAGUUCGAAGUCAACUUCAUCGAGAAAAUCUUGCUAAGCGUAACACCAGCAAAAUAGGACAAGAAGAGCGACUGAAAGGUAAAGUGACAUCAUCAUUUGAAAACGAUGAAGUUAAUUCUCACAAAGAAGUAGAAAUCCGACAAGAAUAUGGAACAGUGUAUCAUACGCCUUCUAGUCCACAGCUUUCUGGAUGCGUCAGGAUGGCCAGAUGGACGUUUCUCCAGUUUGCAGCUGUGAUCCUCAACUGUUUUUUUUUGUCAGCGCCGUGUUUAACCUUUCGUUGAAUCAAUGUUGACUUUAACGAAUCUAUUUUAUCUUGUUCUAUUUUUUAUUCUUGGACUAAGUAUAAUGAUUCGGUAUUAAUUUAGGUAAUUACAACAAUAACAUUUAUUAGCCCAUUUUUUUUUUCUGUACAGGGUUGUCAGAACGUAUCGGAAAUAAUUUAUUAAUUUCGGUCGAUUUCCAUAGAAAAAAUAUUGUGAUUUUCUCACCGGGGCAAACAUUUUUGUAUUAUUUAUGAUAAUACGGGGUGACCGGCUAGUGGACGAAUUACUUCUAGGACGUGUUAGUGGAGUUGAUUUGCCAGCAAUAUUCUAACAUAUAUUAACAAAUUUGUUUCUAUUGCUCCACCAGACAUUGAAAUAGUUACUGAAGCAGGGCUAGACUUGUUAACUUUCUAGCACAAGCCUUGAAAUAAUUUUACAAAAUUCACGAUUAGGGAGGGUUUCAUCCAAGAAUAACAAAAGGCUUACAUAAGAUUUUUGGGCUCUACAGAUUUUGCCAUUUUUUUUAUAUGUCGUAGAGGAUUUGAGUGUCAAUAACCUUUAAAUGGUACCAAAUCUUGUUCGUGUGACAAUUUGUGAGGUAUAGGCGAUGAAUAAUGAACUUUUUCCGGAAAAAUUUUGACGAUAUAAGUACUGAUGUUUAUCAGGCAAAAUACUGACGGGUCAACAUAUUUUACGUCACUCAAAAAUGUUUAUAGGGGAUCGCAGCUUUUAUAAAAUUGUUACAGGGCAUAUGAUUUGCAAAAUAAUCCAUCAUUCAACGUUUAUAAUAAUAUGUCACAAACCGUAAUAAUUACAAGAAUUGUUUCCAUUUGAAAAUUGUUAAGAGUUAACGAUUUACGUCAUCAAAAAAUUGGCAAAAUCGAUGGAGCCCCAAAAAUCCCAUGUUAAUCUUGCGUUAUCCUUUGCAAAGUUUAAGUUACCAUUCAGCCUUUUUCUAAUUUUUUCACAGUAUGUUCUUCCAAUCAUUAGAAAGAUUUAUCGAAUGACAUAAGAAUUUUCCAAAAAAAACAUCGAUGGAAAAGUAUGCAGGAUUUUUUCGAACAAAAUACUAUUUCAAAUCCUCAAGAUCAACACGAGAAAGUUUUAUCGCUUUACAGGAAAAGGAAACUAGUUUGAUCUAGUUGAUGCAACUUUGAGAAUUUGUAUAGCCCUUUGAUACCCGUUUUCCGAACUACAAGAUAUCGGUUACAUAAACUUAUGCAGAUAUAAAUCG